AUGGAGGGAGUGGGGUAUCAAGAAAAGAAAUUUAGGGUUCAUUUGAAAUGCUCGAAUUUGCUCGAGUUAGCAGCUGCAGAUGAUGUUUCUGGGUUCGUUUCAGAUGUAGAAGAAAAGGGUAUCGGUUUAGAUGAAGUCGGAUUUUGGUACGGACGAAGUAAUUCAUGUAAAGGAAAGAUGGGAUUUGAAGAACGAACUUCUCUCAUGAUUGCUUCGGUUUAUGGAAGCAUUCGUGUUUUGAAAUACUUAAUCGCUACUAAAAAAAUCGACGUCAACAAAACCUCCGGUUCCGACGGUCUCACCGCCCUCCAUUGCGCAGCCGCUGGCGGGGCUUUUACCUCCAUUGAAAUCGUGAAGUUGUUACUUGAUGCAGGGGCGGAUGUUAGUUUAACAGAUUGCAACGGGAACAAACCCGGCGACUUGAUAGCCCGUGGAAUCAAAUCCUCCAUGCGAAAAGGUUUGGAGAUGUUGUUGAAGGGUUUUGUUAUCGUCGAAGAGAUUGUUGCCGCGAAAAAGGAAUACCCUGUUGAUUUAUCUUUGCCGGACAUAAACAAUGCGGUGUACGGCUCCGAUGAGUUUAGGAUGUAUACGUUCAAGGUGAAGCCAUGUUCAAGAGCUUACACUCACGAUUGGACAGAAUGCCCGUUUGUUCAUCCCGGCGAGAACGCACGGCGGCGUGACCCGAAGAAAUACAACUACACCUGUGUCCCAUGCCCGGAGUUUCGUAAAGGAAGCUGCGUUAAUGGAGAUAACUGUGAGUAUGCACACGGAGUGUUUGAAUCUUGGCUUCACCCAGCUCAAUACAAAACUCGUUUAUGCAAAGAUGAAACUGGGUGUGCCAGAAAAGUGUGUUUUUUUGCGCACAGAGUCGACGAGUUGAGGCCUUUGUAUGCUUCCACCGGCUCAGCCAUCCCUUCGCCCAAAUCAUCGUCUGUUAGUUCCGGCGAAAUGGUGGGUUCGAUGAGCCCUAGCCAGAACUCUGUUUCGACGCCACCAAUGUCGCCUUCUAUUGCUCCGGUGUCUUCCAUGAACGGGUGGCCGAACAAGAUGAACCAUUUGACGCCGCCGGUGCUGCAGCUUUCCGGUAGUCGUUUACGGAGUGCUUUGAAUGCACGAGACUUGGAGUUGGAGAGCUUAUUGACUCAACAGAAACAAAGGCAACAAAUGAUUGAUGAUUUGUCUGCAAAUAUUUACCGCAACAACCAAAGAUUUGGGGAGUUGCAGGCUACGAAUCUCGAUGAUGUUUUUGGAUCUUUUGAAUUGCAAUCUCCAACCGCGCAUCAACAAAUCCGGCAGAACUCUAACCAGCUCCGGGGUAACUACACGUCUUCUCCGAUGAGAAAACCAGCAGGUUUUGCUUUUGAUUCAUCGGCGGCGGUUGCUCAGGCGGUGAUCAAUUCAAGGUCUGGUGCGUUCUCGAAACAACGUAGCCAGAGCUUCAUUGACCGAGGCACGACAGGUUCAGGCGCCAUGAGUCCAAAAUUUUCGCAGUGGGGUUCGCCUGACGGAAAACUGGAGUGGGGGUUUAAUGGUGAGGAUGCUAACAAGCUUAAAAAGUCUGCAUCUUUUGGGUUUAGAAAUGGUGUACCGGUGAAUGAGCCAGCAGUUUCAUGGGCGAAUACGUUGGUGAAAGAUGUUUCGUCGGUUGGCGUUGGUCUGUAUAGUUCAUCGGAGAAGCAGAGACACGGCGGCACUGGUGGAGGUGGAGAGAAGCUGCCACAGUGGGUCGAACAGAUGAUCAGAGAGCAGGAGCGGUUGGUGGCAUAA